UGAAAACGACGUCGCGGACCAUAGAGCUCUUGUGUACCUGAGAAAAGUGAAAAAGCGAUUCCUUGUUUGAAAGAGAAAAAAAACAUGGGGGAUUCCUUCUUGUGCUGUUAGUAAAAGGAUUCAAUUUGCUUAGAGAAAGUGGUGAAAGGGGUAAAAAAAAAUCUGAAAUUGGAGAUGCAAACGGAGGCUAGGGUUGGUGGUGUACGGAAGUUGGUGCAGCAGCCACCACAGCAGAUUGGGACUGUUUCACAUCUUCUCGCCGGAGGCGUUGCCGGCGCUUUUAGCAAGACCUGUACGGCGCCGCUUGCAAGACUCACCAUCCUCUUUCAGGUUCAGGGGAUGCAUUCCAAUGUUGCAACUUUGAGAAAAGCUAGCAUAUGGAAUGAGGCUUCACGAAUUAUCCAUGAAGAGGGAUUUAGAGCUUUCUGGAAAGGGAAUCUGGUUACCAUUGCUCACCGUCUACCCUAUUCUUCUGUUAACUUUUAUUCAUAUGAGCACUACAAGAAGUUACUAAGGAUGGUUCCAGGAGUUCAAAGUGGUUGGGAUAAUGUCUGCAUAAAUUUUGUUGGUGGUGGCCUGGCAGGGAUGACUGCUGCAACAUCUACAUAUCCCUUGGAUCUUGUAAGGACACGACUUGCUGCUCAGACAAAUUUUACCUAUUAUAGAGGUAUCGGGCAUGCUUUGCAAACAAUUUGCAAGGAAGAGGGAAUAUUUGGCCUUUAUAAGGGACUUGGAACUACACUCUUGACUGUUGGGCCAAAUAUAGCUAUCAGUUUCUCUGUGUAUGAAACCUUGAGAUCGUUUUGGCAGUCAAAUAGAUCCGAUGAUUCAGCUGUUGUUGUUAGUCUGGCCUGCGGCAGUCUUUCUGGCAUUGCAUCAUCAUCUGAGAAUGAGGGUUUGGUGCAGUUCCUGCACCGAGUAUAUAACCAGACUGACCCCUAGAACCAGAGACCAGGUUGGAGUUGUUAUUUUAUCUGGCAUAUGAGAAGUUUAGUAAGGAACACAACAAAAAUACCCUUUUCCUGUCUCUCUUUAACUUCAUUAUUGUCUAAAGAUCUUGUGCAAGUAAUCAUCUUCCCAAGUUUUAUUCUAUGACAUGUCUCCCCAAGCUAUGCAGUGGAUUCCAUCAUGGGGUGGCAUUACUUGGAUGAAACUAUAUCAUUCCCUCAGUUACCAAAUGUGAGAGGUGUCCUCUUUGAGGUAUGCUUCUCACAGGCUUCCUUCACCUGAUGCUUACCAGAAUCCUUCAAGCCCUGUUGAUGUUUUUCCGAGGAAUCUGUUCUUAUUGCUUUAAUAAUACUGCUUUCAACAUAAUCCUAAACGAUGGAAAUUGUGGUAACAAAUUAUAAUAUAGUUGCUGAUGAUUAAUGUAAAUGGAUAAAUGAAAUUGUCAACAAAGGAUAGAAUUACAAUUCUUUUCAAGGGAGAAAACCAAAUCUUGAUAGAUUGGGGCAUGGAUAUUUGUUGGGUCAAGACUGUACUAUGUAGACACUAAAUACAUGUAUCCAAAGUACUUAUGCAUACAAAACUCUAGUAGUGUCCGCUCAUCAAUUGUGACAUAAAGGUUUUCUGCCACUCUGCUACAGGAACUGUAUGUUCGGGUAAGGCUGUGUUUUACUUAUACUCUUUCCUUUUUAUUGCAAUUUCACAAGCUUUACUAUUUCGUGUUCUGGAUUUCUUAAAUUCUGCCAUGACAAGAUAGACUUGCUCAUCCAUGAAUUUCUCGUUGCCAACUGACCACAAGUUCAGGAGUGUUCCAUGGUUUCAUUAAUGUGUUUACUGUAGUUAUUCUUUGGUAUAGCCUACAAUGUUGCAGUGCAGGCUUGCAACUUGGUCAGAGACACAGGAUCAUUACAAUAAGAAACUCUAGUUUUGUCUGCAUGGCUUAUUUAUUUCAAAUAUAGUUAAUUUAGAUGGCAAUUACGGUUUUAGAAUUGGUUUCAUUUCAGUCGAUUUAUCACUUUUUACCAGAUUUGAUGAUACAUGUCACAUAAAAAAGACUAACGAUCUGAUGUAUUAUAAUAGAAUCCCAUGUAAAAGUGAGAUCUUUUUUACUCAAAAGGCUAUGGUUCAAUUCAUCCGUUAUCCUAUAUGCAGCAACAUUUCCAUUGGAUCUUGUGAGACGGCGGAGGCAACUUGAGGGGGCUGGAGGGAGAGCCCGGGUGUAUACAACAGGCAUCUUUGGUAUGUUUAGGCACAUAAUCCAGACUGAAGGUGUGCGUGGCCUCUACAGAGGAAUU